UGCGACGUGAUGACUACUUCGGAUCCGCCAACCACUGCCACCGCCAUGAUGAUCGAGCCGAGUCCUCCUGCUCCUUCCCCUCCCCCCGCGUCGGACGUUGAGGCAAACGCGGGCAUCGAAACCGAUCUCGCCGCCGCCGCGAAGGCCUUGCUAAGGAAGAAGAUGAUGCCGCCGCCGCCGACGACGACUGAGGCAACAACCGCCCCCGCCACCACCACCUCCGAGAUGGCUCUCCCAGAUGUGUCCGCAGUCGACGCCGAAACGGCUGUUGCGGCCGCACCCGCCCCUCUCGCUAGCGUUGCAGGCGACAGCAGCAGCAGCGGCAGUGACGACGGCAUCGAGGAGGAUGAUGUAGCCGACGCGCCGCCCCCGCGGGGCGGUGCCGCUGAGGAGGCAGGCGCUGACGACGGCACGGAAUUGCCUGCAUCGGCGGCGGCGGCGGCGGCGGCGGUGGCAACAGCCACCCUAGAGUCGACAGCAUGCGUUGUUCGGGGGAGCGAAGCGCAACAAGAAGGCGACGAGCCAGCUGACGAUACACCACGUGUGACGCCCACACAGGACAAAGAGCCCGUUACCGAGGUUCCAGCAGCACCCGCCGCCGCGCCGCCAAGCGACUCGCCCGCACCCGAGAGCGUUGUUGACGCAGCGGCUGCGGGGGAGACCGGUGGGGCCGACGACGCACCUCCGACGGCAGCGGCGGGAUGCAACGAUGAACAAGAUGCUCCGGCGGCGGAUGCCCGAGCAGCCGACGACGUUGUUGCUUCUCCUCCGACCGACGUCGCCCCUGAACCACCAUCGGCUGCGGCGGAGGCACCGGUCGAGACCGUCGCGGUGGAUGCUGAUGCUGUAACGGCGGAGAUCCCGCCGCUCACCGCCGAGGCCCUUGUUUCUGGGCAGCCCGCUGUACCCGUCGACGCUUUGACCGAACCAGCGGGCACCGUGGAUGCCGAGUCCCCGGUCGAAGAGAAGGGCGGCGUGCCCGAAGACGACACGCCCGCCGGCGACGACGCCGAGGCCGACGGCGAAGCGCCGCCGUCGGAAAAUGAACAAGAACAAGAUCAAGAACGCCUCUCCGAGGCCGCGACGAUGGCACCAGCUGACGACGAUGCCGCCGAUCCCCCCACCUCCGCCGAACCGUCCCCAGCACCAGCGGGAGAAGAUGCCGCCGCUUUCGCUUCCGCCGCAUCCGCCGAAUCGCGCGCGGCACCAGCGGAAGAUGAUGCCGCUCCCUCCGCCGAAGCCUCUGAGUCGCCGCCACCGAACGAGGAGGAGAAGGAAGCGGCGCCGGUCGAGGAGGCUCCAGGUACCGGAGACCUGUCGAGGACCGUGGUCGACGGCAUCGAAGAUGAAUCCGCGGCGCCCCCAGUCAGAGACGCCGCCGCCGCCGCCGCCGCCGCUGUUGGUCCCGCUGAUGCGGCGGAACCGCUCAAGACGGCCGCGAGCGUGGAGGAGCCGGCACCCGUUGAGGCGGCAGCCCCGGGUGGAGACAAGACUCCGCCGGAAGGCGAGCAGCCGGCGGCCCCGGCCAUGGCGGUCGAAGGUACUGCCGCUGAUGAUGUUCCAGCCGCCACCGCCGACUCGUCUGAGUCGCCGCCGCAGCCGCCGCCGCCUGGAGAAGGCGGCGGGGCGGCGGUUCCUGAGGACACGGCGGACGGCGUCACCGCUGAACAGGACGACUCUUCUGCUGGUGCUGCCGGUGAGUUGUGUGAGGCCGUACCAAGCGAGGCCAGCACCAAGCCGUCCCCACCGGUCGUGCCCGCGGAGACCGAGCCGGCAACAGCAGCGCCAGACGCUACUGCCGACGAGCCUGCCGAGCGGUCCCUCGAGGGGCCCGCCGAAACGCUGGCUGUCGACGCCGCCACCGAGGAAACCCCCGCCGCCGCCGCUACUACCGAGGACGACGUCGGAUCUGCCCUCGUUGUCGAAGACGCGGUCGCCGAUCCGUCGCCAGCUGAGGAUGAUGCGCUUACUGCCACGGGCACGGUGGUUGAGCCUGCCGCCGAGGGCGGAGACGGUGACGCAGAGACGGCCGUUGCGGCGGAAGUCGAACCUGCAGAAGAGGCCACCGCCGCCGCUAAGGGAGAGGAACAGGCGGUGGUUGCCGAAGACGCUGCCGAAGAGCCCGCCGCCGUCGCGGAAGAGACCGUCGCCGUCGCGGAAGAACCCGUCGCAGCCACGGAUGAGCCCAUCGCCGUCGCGGAAGGACCAGUGGCUGUCGCGGAGGAGACCGUCGCCGUUGCAGAAGAACCCGACGCCAUCGCGGAAGAGCCCGUCGCAGCCACGGAAGAACCCGUCACCGUCGCGGAAGAGACCGUCCCCGUCGCGGAAGAACCCGUCGAAGCCACGGAUAAGCCCGUCGCCGUCGCGGAAGGACCAGUGGCUGUCGCGGAGGAGACCGUCGCCGUCGCGGAAGCGGCCGUCGCCGUUGCAGAAGAACCCGAGGCCAUCGCGGAAGAGCUCGUCGCAGCCACGGAAGAACCCGUCACCGUCGCGGAAGAGCCCGCCGUUGUCGCGGACGAAACGCCUGCCGCUUCAAGCGACGGCGUCGCUGAGGACGUGGUAGCCGAGCGUGUGCCUCCCGUCAAGGAGAAGGACGACGACCUCGCCGAGGCUGUCGUUGCGGUGGAAGCGGAGGCUGAAGCGGGUGCCGGCGUAGAAAAGGAUGCGGAGGAGGGGGAGGAGGAGGAGCCGGUCGCCGCUGGCAAGGAAGAAGAAGCGGUAGCCACCGACGGAGCUGCCACCCCGGCGGAGGAAGAAGAAAGUACCGAAAGAAGCACCGUCCAAGAGGAGGCCCAGACCGAGGUCGUCGCCGAAGGCGAGGGUGACGUCCCUGCCGCUGAUGCCUCUCCCGAUGAGACGCCUUCCACGGCAGAGUCCGCCGACGUCCCCGCUGCCGAACCUUUGGUGGACGAUGCCGCCGCUGUUGCUGCUAGCGCCGGGGAGGAGCCCGCGGCACCGGAAGAAGAGUCCGUGGCCAAGGAAGAUGACCCCGAGCCAGCGGGCAUACCCGUUGCCGCCGAGGACGCCGCCGUGACCGUCGACGAGGCGGUCAUCACCCCGGACGAGACGGCCGCGGAGGAGGCUGCCGGCGUGGACAGCACGGCCGCGGUCGAAGGAGGAGAAGAAGAAGAGGCGUCCCCGGCGCCCCCGUCCGACGGUGAUGUUCCAGCAGUUGCCGACUCCGUUGAACCGGCUGGUGCCGGUGAGUUGAUGGGGUACGGGUAUGGGUGGACAGUGGAGCGUGUUUUGCGUUGGGUUUCGAGAUCUAAAGCGGUGCCUUCAAAUCACGACACUUUUUAA